AAAUGACGAGGAGGUGGUGAUGGUGGUGGUGGUGGCAUUGGCAGUAGUGGUGGACGAUGUAGGGUGAAGUGUGGAGGUGGUAGAGAUGGUAGGCAAACGGUUGUUGGAAGGGGUGCUUGUAUAAGGGGUGGGGAAGGACUGAACGCAUCCCUGCCAGAGCGACUACCUGCCCACCGAGCGAGCCUGUCUGCUACACGACGCUACUCUCCCCAGUAUUCGGCCGAUCGCUAGUACUCGCGCACGCAAAUCCCUUCGUCGUGACGCGUGACGGUCUUUACUUUCAUUUUCGUAUAGAGAUAACUUUAUCCAGUUGUAACCAACAACGUAUUACAGCGUGUAAAUAUAUUACGUGUGUCUUUAGGAUCAUUGCAGACUACCUUUCUCUUUCUUCCUUUUCGCUUAAAUUUCAUUUAGUUAAGUUUCGCGCGAUAUGCGAGAGGAAGAAACCGCGUGUGACACUUCGUCGCGCCGCAGUGACCUUCCGAGAACCCUUCGAAGACUUCUCGAGAGCAGGACGCCCGCGUGAAUUUCCUCUUUACUUUUCCACGAUUCGUUCUCAUCCUCUCUUAAGCUUUUUUCGUCACGAGCUACUGCCCACCGCAACUUCUGCGCGGCCUGCAAUGUGUACAACGACUUUCGGGCUAGCUCAAGCCAUACGCUCUUGACCCGUUCCACUCAACUCUCUCAAAAGCCUCCCCUACGAUCAUCUCGUUCUUUUUCUCCCUUUAUUUCUUUCUUCUCCACACACUCUCUCUUCCUCUCUCUCUCUCUAUCCUCCUUUUUUAUACUUCUACAUUUCACACCCUAAACGACCGACUUUCUAAAGUUUAUAUCGAGAUCGACGAACUUGUGACACUUCUCUCUCUCUCUCUCUUUCUCUCUCUCUCUCUCUCUAAUUAUCUUUAAUAGGAGAGCUUUUUAAAUUUCGGCCAAGCAGAAGAUAAACCUACUCGGACAUCACCUGAAUUUUUUACGAACAAGAGACAACACGGUGAAGAUACUUUUUAGAGAAAGGGCGAGAACAACUUUCUUUCUUUCUUUACAAGUACUUUACCAUCGCUCUCAAGAGAAAUGACAUCAUCAAGGAGAGAAGAAAAGUUUCCGGAUUUCUGACGAGUCGUCAAUAGCCUGUAUACAAAAGGAAAAUUUUUAUUUGCUUCUCUUCUCCCAUCUACCUUGUCUCUUAUAUCGCAAAAAUAUAAGCGAGAGUAGGCGAAUAAUAGGACCACCCGCGACAAUCGAAGUUCUCUCUCCUCCUCAUCCUCCACCUCCUCCUCCUACUCUUCCCUAUUUUUCUUUAUGAUUUAAGACUCCUUUCAUCGCGACAAGCGGCCUGGUUUGAUUUACGAGCAAUCUAAUCGAUGAGAGCACCAAACGAUCCUGUUGCGCUUUACAUGCUAUAAGAAAACGGAGUCAGUGGAACUCCUGAAAAAGAUCAUUGUAACAUCAAUCACGCAAGUUAGAACGGAACGUGAGAUGAAUCGGGCUGCUAUCUCCCACGCUUCCUUCUUCUCUCGGCUUUUGGUAGAACGAUUUGAGAGUGGAACUAAAACCCCUAGAAAAAGAUAGUGCAAACUAUUGAGGAACUGUCCUAUCUUUUCCGUCUUAACAGAGUUCAUACGAAGAAAUGGCUGGAGCUAGUCAAAGUUGAUUUGAAAUAUCAAAGAGUCAGUGUUGUCGAGCUUACACUUGAUGGUGGUUUAGGGUAACCUGGCUUCCCUCGACCCUUGCCUUCGAACGACCAAAAGGACAAAGAGAAUUACAGAGGAGAACGAGGUGUCUCGGCCGGGUCCGGCUACUUGAAGGUGAUAUGGCUACGAGUCCCGUAGAAAGGAGGAACGAGGUCGUUAGCUGUUACGCGAGAGACUAGGAAGGGUCGAGGGAAGUUGGCCGGGCAAAAACAAGCUUAUACACCGCCGUCUCUUCUCGACGCGCGCUUCUCAUUCUCCUAGCUCCCUUGUAACUUCGGUUUAAGUCUUUACUUCGUGUAAUACAUAAAUAUACCAUGUGGUAUGAUGGUCGAUCAAAAAAACUCGAGUUACAUACUACACCCUCGAUUCCCUUCGUUGGUUUGACAAGCGUAAAGAAUGGAUGAAUCGGUAUUUCAGGCCGAUAAUUGAAAAACCGAAGGUCUCCUAGCCUCCUCUCUAGAGUUUCCAUAAGGAGUAUUAUAUGAGCAAUAACGGAAAGCACGAACUUAUAGAAACGGUACUAACGAAGCUCGCUGACGAAUUCUCUUUGCAAAGAGUUUUUUUUUUUUUUUUUUUCAAAAAAGAUUCGAGAGAAGUGGAAGGACGAGAUAAAAGAUGAAAAAGUCCUGAUCGAACGUUUCGCGCUCGAAGGUAGUUUGAACCCCAUGCCAUAUGGUACGAGUCUUCGGCCCGAGGUCAUCAUCGAUUAAUUCGUUGGAAAAGGCAGAAACAAACGUUAUCGCUAAAACGAUUCGAUCAUCAUGGAGAUGGAAAUUCGUUGCCCGUCACUGCCGCGUAUGACAUCCUGUGGCCGAGGGAACGAGCUCUCCGAGAACGUGCUAUGCACGAUCGAUCGAGCGAUUUUCGCGAUCAGAUAAUAUCGUUUGGCUGCUCCGUACAAAAGGGACAGAUUUUCACGUAUACAGAAAAUUCAGGGACGAUAGAUUUUCUCUCAGGGGAAUGUAGAAUUGACAUUUUAUUUUAUUGGGAUAUGGCAAACGGACUACGUUUUGAAAUGGUCCUAUAUAUCAAGAAACUUAAUCGCUAUCACGAUCGCGGAAUACCAUAAUCGUUCCGGUAGCUCGUCACUUGGACAAAUAACGAAACGCCGGGAGAAAUGAUGAAAAGAGGAUAAAGACGGAAUAGUCGGCUUCUUAAAAAGUAGUCAUCAUCGAAGGUGAGAAGCGUAAUGCACCAAAUUUAGGUGAAGAGAUGACGGUGAUGCCGUCGACUUCCGAUGUCGCUGACAAGGCAGUCUCAACAAACGAUGGUAGUGGCGGCGUGGAGGUGGCACGUCUCGAAGCCGUCCUCGCUGCUCUGGUGGAAACAAAGGUGGAGGCGAUGAAGGCAUCAUCGACGCUCGGCAGACGUUCAGGCAGUGCACCAACCAGUCCGCGUCGUCCGAGAUUAACCUCGACCUCCACGGCCUCCUCGUCGCUGAACCAUCAUCAUCAACACCAUCACCAACAUAGAAGGAAGAGUCAUCAUCACCAUCAUCACCAUCAUCCCCACCACCAUCAUCAUCGCCGUAGACGACACGAUUCAGCUCCUUGCGAUUACAUCGAUGAUUCAAUGACUCAUCAUCAACACAAAUCACAUCAUGGUAAAGGAAGACGAAGAGCUUCGGAGAGUCCACGAAGUCCACGGAAGAAACGCAGGCAUUCGAAGAGCCCUCGUAUUCUUCAAAGUGCCGAUAUUCAAGCCGGUCUCGAAGCGCGUCUCGAACUCCUUGACAUGAACGGCGAACAAGAUCUGGCAUUGAUAAAUUUUGAAAGGACAAGAGAGGCUCUUAGCGACUCCUGCGAGUAUCCGCGGCUGCACCGAAGUGCCUGCUACUUUUCCCAAAGCACAGCUCAAUUGAAGAUUCACUACGACGAGGACGAGGACUACUUGGCUUUGAACAUAGCCGACGAGUUGGAAGAGGAAGAAACUCUGAGCGGUCCUGAAAAGAUCGAGGAGCCCAGAGAGACUUAUCACAGGCCACGAAAAAAGCGGAAACGAAAGCGACGGCGAAUCGAGUCCGUUGGACCCGAGGAAGAAAUUGUUGAUCCGGAGGAACUACCACCUCGUGCGAGGUGGACGAUAGUUGCCACGGCUUGCCUACUUUUGGCUAUGUCCUUGCUUCUGGUCGGUGUCACCCUCAGAAUGGCACCGAUCAUCGACGACAUGGGAGAUGGAAGAAGAGCAAGCGUGUCGAAGAAGAACAGACCACGCAGAAGUGGGACAACACGACGAAAGGACUCGGUUCGUCCUGCCAGAACAGAAGUCAAGGACGCAAGAAAAGUCUUGGAAAAUGAACAAGAUAACGAACAGACAAGACGCCAUCGUAGAGUAGCCAUGAUCGUUCUGGGAACGUUCUUGUUUCUUUUGGCUGCCUCGGUUCUCGUAGUCGUCGUCACUUUGACUCAUAGUUCCUUUCACAGCCCUCCUACAGGCUCCAAGGAGUUAAUCAAACAUCGUGCACAACUUCGCAAAGAGAACGAAGAGUUGCUAAACUCCCUGAACAGGGACUUUGUGCCAGCUAACGCAACGGCAUCUCCCUAAGGACUACGAUUUCAAAGACGAAGGAUGUAUCCUGUUAGCUUUCGAAGGUUUUCAACCAACACGAUGCUUCGUCGAGAAAUUCGACAAAGAUUUUACAGUGAAGAUACGUUCAUAAUACGUAUGGUGGUAUAUUUUAAACGGCCGUAGGCCUUCCUCAUUUCGAGUAACGACCAAUGAACGUUUUCUCACAUCUUUCUUCUGAUCUCUCUACUUUUCAAUUUCUCUACUUUUGUCAUACCUGCUUCAAAGAGAAAUCCCACGCAAAGUUUAAUUAUUGAGAUCGGUGGUAAUGCCAGGUAAUAUCGAUCGAUUCCAUAGAUAGUCAGCAAGUUUACUAAUUAGGUUUACUUAAUUAGUCCCGACAUCGAGAUAUUGUUUUCAAAGUACUGUUCGAGUUUCAGCAGUAAGUAACACGUUAUCGAUAGUUAAUAGUGCAAUCAGCGGGAAAGGAGGAAACUUUGAAUUGGUCGAUUUCGCGAAGUCGAAGAAGGAAUCAGCAACGGAUAUAUAUAUGCAUACAUAUAUAUAUAUAUAUAUAUAUAUAUGUGUGUGUGUGUGUAUGUGUAUAUAUUUCAAGUUGUCACUAAUAUUUAUCGACGAUGUUAAAUGUCGUUCCUGUGAGAACGCACAGGAAUCAUUGGCAGUGACUACUGCUUGUUGUGAUCUACAAAUUUUGGAUCGUUAUUGUUGUUGGUACAGCGAAUGUUGAAAGGGUCCUUGCACUUUCUAAAUUUUCUCGGCGAAUUCCACCUCGUGGAUUGUUUUAUAAACAUUGUUUCAGAAAGAAUUCGCAAAGACACGACUCGACAAUCGUUCGCAUACCGAAUGCCGACAACGAAAGAAGUAGUUAAACUCUAGUCACGAGGAUCGCUAUUGAGAGUCAUUCGGAAUAAGAAGGAUCGAGAGCAGAAAUAUUUCGAAUAAGAAUUUUUCAGAUAAAUUAAUCGACGUAAAAAAAAGAUUCGAAUCUCGAUUCUUCUAUACUUGGAUGCAUUCUUGGUUAGAUUUUAUCGAUCGAUCAAUAGCUUCACGUACGAUGUAUAGAGAGCCAUGUAAAUAAAAUGUUCAUUAUUGUCUGUCGUGAUCGUAAGAAUUAAAAAGAAUAAGAAGAAAAAACUAGCGACGAGGAUAAAAAGCCAAAAUUAUUGUUGUCAAUUGUUUGUAUAAUAUAAAAUUAUUAUUGUCUUGUAGAGCAUAUACGAUCACGUAUAUUGAGAUUUAGCCUGUAUAACUUUAGCAAUUAAGAAAGGAUCGCAAGCGAUCGAUUUACAGCUCCUUUUUUUAGUGAUUCGAUUCUUCGCCGGACCGACGGAUCGAUCGAUCUCAAACUCAAAAUUGAAUUGGUUUUUAUGACAACGGAUAUAUACCAAAGCAAAGACACUCGCAAUUAUUAAUCGACAUUGCUUCGUUACAAACUCAGGAAGAUCUUUAACGACAUGUUAAUCGAUCAUUCGUCUCUGAAAUAAAACAAAAAAUAUAUCUCAUUAGAAGAAAAGAAAAACAUUCUUCACAGGUGGCAGGUAUUUUGUUAAAUCGUAACGUCUUGACAACUUACUCGAAUCUUUACAAAAUUAAUCUUUGCCUCGUGUCCAAAAUUAUUCGCAUCAAGUGCUCUCUAAAUCGGAAGAUUAACUUCUGAAUACCACUAUUUUACACUAUACUCGAUUGAACGAUAGAUGGAUGAAUAGGGACCGGAUCAGGCAUGUUAAUUAAUUGGCCAAGAUAAUUAGUAGUGCAGACUGCACACGUUCAAAGGAAGAUUAUGAUGAUCUACGAGCGACGUUCGUCAAGCGCGUAUAUUUUGCAUUUGUGUUUUAUUUUUUUGGCCAACUAUUAAUAAUAUACUGUUGGACGUUGUAACGUCUGAUUUAACGAGAGAAGAAAAAGAGAGAAAGUUACACACAUUUUCUUUCUUUUUGUUUUUCUUUUCAAUUAUCUUCAAGAAAUCCUAGAAAAUCUUCUAGAAAGCUUUCGUUUUCUCUCUUUCCUUUCUGACAUAUUCACGCUAUAUAAAAGAUAGCAAACAAUGUAUCCUUUAACUUCGUAACUAUAGUUAGUCUCAUAAAUCGAUUGGCCUAACGUGAAAAGAGAAUAACUUUUAUCAAGGAAAAAAUAAGGAAAAGAAAUGAAGUAAACACGAGAUAUACACCGUACAAUCGUAACUUUAUACGAAUUCUAAAUUAAGAUCUUUAACUUUCAUUGGGUGUGUUCACCGUAGUGACGUAGACUGCCGUCACUCUCGAUUUUAACGUUCUCUGUUAAACGUUACAAACGUGUAAGGAAGGAAUCGAAGAGUGAAAGAAACAAAAAGGAAAAAAAAAGAGGCAAGAGAACCUCGUACGCGCUACUUGAGAAUAGCUACUUGAGUAUUUAAAGACAUAAAUCGGCUUCAUAUAAUUAUAAUUAUAGUAAUAAUAAUAGUAAUAAUUAUUAUUAAAAUAACGUUAAUGAUAAUGAGAUAGUAAUGAUAAUAGCGAUAAUAAUAUUAACACAAUACUAAAAAGAAGAACAAAUAACAAUAACAAUAAUAUUAAUGAUAACGAUAAAUGCUUUUACGUGCAACUUCGGCAAGCGAUUUAAUGAGCACACUUUUUAAGGGAAAUUUCGUGAGUGCACUCUGGCCUCUAUGUCCGAUAAGUCAUCUUCGAUUAGGAAGAGAAAUGAAGUCGAGGAUAGUAAAGUCUUACGUUAUAAUCUAUUGUAGUGAGAGAAUUCCUUUCACUGAGAUAUUUAUAAUAGUACUAUAGAAUAAAUGAAACACUGAAGCGUCCGAUGAGAAAUAAAAUGCAAAGAGUGUAUGUGAUAAGUAUGUGCGAUAAGUAAAAAGCAAAAUGUUUUUUCUUGACAAUCACACUCCAGAAUGAAUGAGCGUCUGUUUGUGUAUGCGUGUAUAUGUAUGUUCAUAGGGACUUUUUGUGGAAAUGUUUUUAAGGGACAUCCAAAGGAAAAAGGUAACUUAAAACAUAAUUGCCUGUCUUUACUACGUCUCUUUAUAUAAACUUGAGAACAAAUUAUAAUAGCCAAAUUCCGAGCUUCCUUCACUUUCGUCUUCCCAUAUCGAAAGGAAUUAGAAUUCUAUGCUUACUUGUAUUAAAAAAUAAUCGAUACGUUUUAGAUCGCGUCGAACGAGUAAAGAGAAAUAUUUUGCAAAGUUAUUCUACUAUUUAAAAGGCAUUAACUCUUUUCAACUCUUCUCUACUUCGACAAAUCUUAGGAAGAAUUCGUUAUUUAUUUCUUUUUUCGCAAUUAGAAACAUAUAUUUUGUAGAAAUUUCAUCGGCGAUGAACGAACGUUUUAAUAAGAUGAAAGAAAUGCUUUUCCAGGGAGGUGCGUAUCCAGUCGUGAACGAAAGAAGAAAUAAGAUCGUAAGAGAGAAAGAGAGAGAGAGAGAGAGAGAGAGAGAGAGAAAAUUAGAAACAAGGUCGCUCAAGUGAGAACAAGUUCCAGAGGCAUAAC